GAUUAUGUUAUUUUUCAACAUGGGAAAAGCUGGACUACAAUACCCAGUUGCCUCCCGGGCCCGAUUCUGUUUCUACUCUGGUUCCCGGAGGGCUCAGCAGGACCUUUAAGGACGAAGGAGCGGGUGGAGACCGGAACACAGGCGAAGGCGGCCGCACAGCCCUCUGGGAAACGGAGUCCUGGCGUUGGGGCGGAAGGUUCUGCGUAGGGAAAUUCUGAGAUUCACGCGGCACCGGAAGUGGCUGCGAGGAGGCGCCCGUGAGAGGAAUAGGGGCUUCCGCUUUCCCGGAGUUGGGGUCGCGUCUGUUAAUUCGGCGGACAGCAGUCUCAAGAAUGUUCCUGCUGUUGUUUCUGUUGCUGCUGUUGUUGCUGGACAUUUGGGCAUCUCCUGAUGUGUAAGCUGCAAGCUGUAUACAAGUUUUCAAACUGCUAACCAGUUCUCAAGAAGGCUAACCGUGGGGAACAACACUGGAGAGGCCGGGAACCAGCCAGACCUCACCAGGUUCGCGGCUGGAAGUCAGGACAUCCGCAGGUAGACUCAUGUUCUGACUCAUCCCACUUCUGGACAUUUUGGGGGCUCAUCCAGCAUGGCCAGGAAAUCAGCCCUAGAAGGAAGGAAGACUUUCUCCCAGUUCCCUUGUCUUUCCUGCAGCCCUGCCCGCCGGGAACGCGGAGGAGGAGGGGGAACGUAAACGAGGACUCUGGCUGCUGGGCCUUAGUUGGCUAUGACUGAGGAAUUUAAGACCGUCAAGGACGUGGCCAUGGACUUCACGUUGGAGGACUGGGCGCCGCUGGGGCUGGACCCGGGGAACAUGUUCUGGGACACGGCCCUGGACAACUACCAGGACCUCUUCUUGCUGAACUCCCCCAGAUCCAAUCUGACCUCCUAUCCAGAUGGUGGGGAAGAGCUGGAAGCCUUGGUGAGAGGAAGUCCAGAAGUUGCAGGCCCUGACAUGGAUCAAGCCAAGAACUCUCCUCUGCUGCAGGACUUCUUGGGAGAAGGACUCCCCCAGGAGAUUAUGGAGACAUUUUCCAAGGAUGGCCUCUGGAACUCCAACUUGGGAGAAGCCUACAUGGAUGACAGCUGGUUAGACAGUUUGGUAGGAGAUCCAGAAAGUUUUCUGAGAUCUGACAUUGUCACCAACGUGGCAAGUCCCACAGAGUACAAGAGUCAUGAACUCAAGAGUGGCCUCAGUCCUCAGCCCCUCCUCUUCACAGGAGAGGAUUCUGUGAUCCAUGAUCUUCCUGAAGAAAGCCUGAUGCCAAGUAAGUCUCAGGAAUGUAGGAAUGACUUUAGCAACCACUCAGACCAAAGUCAGCAGGAUAUUGUCCAGGGAGGGGAGAAACCAUAUAAAUGUAGUGAAUGUGAGAAGUGCUUCAGCCGCAGUUGCGAUCUUAUCCAGCACUGGAUUAUUCAUAUGAGAGAGAAACCCACUGUGAAUGAAGAGUAUGAGAAUAGUUUUGACCAGAGUUCGUGCUUUUUUGUGAAUCCAACAACUCACACAGGCUACAAAUCCUAUGUGUGUAACAAAUGUGGGAAAACUUUUAGUCAAAAUACACACCUUCUGUGGCAUCAGAAAAUUCACACUGCAGAGAAACUACAUAAGAGUCAAGACAAUGACUGUCCAUCAGGUCACGGUUCACAGCCUGUGGAGCAGCAGAAAACCCACACAGGUGGUAAAUCCUACAAGUGUAACGAGUGUGGCAAGAGUUUCAGCCGAACCUUUGGUCUUACUCAGCAUCAGAAGACCCACACUCGGAAGCGCUAUGAAUGUGCCAAAUGCAAGGUGACUUUCAACUUUCGCAAAUACCUCCUCCAACAUCAAAAAAUUCAUACUGCAAAAACUACCUUUCAGUGUCAGGAAUGUGGGAAGGCCUUUCAGCAGAGCUCAGCACUCAUCAAACACCAGUCUGUUCACACUGGAGAAACAAUGUACAAGUGUGGUGAGUGUGGGAAAUCCUUCAGCCAUAUCUUGACCCUAAAGAGCCACAAGAGGGUUCACAGCCGAGAGAAAUCUUACAAAUGCAAUGAAUGUGGGAAAGCCUUCUACCGGAACACUCACCUUAAUGAGCAUCAGAGGAUUCACACGGGUUACAGGCCCCACAAAUGUCAAAAAUGUGUCAAGACCUUCAGCCGGCCCUCCCACCUGAUUCGACACCAGUCCGUUCAUGCCACAGAAAAGCCCUAUAGCUGUGCCAAAUGCAAGAAGACUUUCAGCCAUAAUGAACACCUUGUUCUACACCAGAAAACUCAUGCUGUGGAAACCCGCUACGAAUGUCAAGAGUGUGGUGAACGCUUCAUUUGCAACUUGACCCUAACAUGCCACCAGAGCGUUCACACCCGAGAAAAACAAGGACUUGACGAGAGCGGGAAGAUCUUGAAUCAGAACUUAGACCAGAAAGAGCAUCCAGGGAUCAGUGAGAAGCACUUUAAGUGUAACAAAUGCGAGAAAACCUUCAGCUGCAGCAAAUACCUGACUCAGCACGAGAGGAUUCACACCCGGGAGAAGCCCUUUGAAUGUAACCAGUGUGGCAAAGCUUUUGGCCAAACUAUACAGCUUACCCGCCACCAGAUGAUCCACUCUGGAGUGAGGCCAUUUAAAUGUGGGGACUGUGGGAAGGCCUUCAACCGCAGCACCUCCCUCACCAAACAUCAGAGCAUCCACAAGAGUGAGUUCCCCUUUAAGUGUAAUGAAUGUGGAAAGAGCUUCAGCCAAAGUGCACAUCUCUCAGAACAUCAGUUGAGUCACACUGCCGAGAAACCCUUUAAAUGUAACCAGUGUGACAAAAUCUUUGUGCACAGUAACUACCUUGUCCAGCACCAGAGAACUCAUGCUGAAAAAAAGUCCUUCGAGUGUAAGGAAUGCGGAAAGACAUUUCACUACAGCUGGCACCUUUCUAAACAUCAGAGAGUUCACACAGGUGAACAACCCUAUAAAUGUGGUGAUUGUGGGAAAACCUUCAGUUUGAAUGCUCCAUUCAUUCGACACCGCAGAGUUCAUACUGGAGAAAAGCCUUACAUUUGUCAGGAAUGCGGGAAAGCCUUCAGCCAAAGCUCGUGCCUUUCUGUUCACCGGAGAGUUCACACCGGGGAGAAGCCUUACAUAUGUGCUGAAUGUGGGAAAGCCUUUUCCCAGAAAGCAAAUCUGAGGCAGCAUGAGAGAAUUCACACUGGAGAGAAGCCUUACAUCUGCGACGUGUGUGGGAAAGCCUUUGGCCUCAGUGCCCAUCUCAGUCAGCACCAGAGAGUUCACACCCAAGAGAAACCAUAUCCGUGUCAACACUGUCAGAAAGCCUUUCCCUGCCGCUUAGGUCUACUCCGACAUCAGCAAGUUCACACUAAAAAGUAAGAAGUAAAACACUACAUGUGGCCACUGGGUGGCAGCAGGGUCCCCCGUCAUCUGAGAACAUCAUCUGAGGCCUAAAGUUGAAACUAUUACAUUGUAGGCCCUCCCCAUACCCUCGGCAAAACAAAUAAAUAUCUUUAUUGAUAAAAAUUAGAAAACUUGCACACAAUUUUCAUUAAAACAAUGAAAACACAAAACUGUAGUGUCCAAAUUCAUAGGUGGACUUGAACCAGUCUACUGAGUUAAAUCCCAGCUCUGCCAUCCACUACCUAAGUGAUCUAAGGAGAGUCAUGGAACCUCUCAGGGCCUCAACAUCCUCAUGUAUAUAACAAGCACAAUAAUAGUUACCUACCUCAGAGGGCUGUUGUGAGGAUAAGGAAGUAGAUGUAAAGCACUUAGAACUGAGUGCCCAGCAUGUAGUAAGUACUCAUCAAGCAUGGGCUACACAUAUAUAUCAGAUACAACAGAUACAUAUUCUUUUAUGUUAAAAGGAAGAGAAUUAGCAACCCUCUAUUUACUGCACUUAAUAUUCUUAACUAACAUUAUACAUGGCUUUAAUUUUUAGUUUUUCUCCAAAAUACCCUUGGCUUAAUUCAGUUCCCCAAACCUUAAUCUUUUUUUAACAAGAAGUCUAGCCUUUCCCUUUCCUCCUCUCUGCUCUGUCCUAGUAUUUUCUUAACUAAACCACAGAAAGCCAAGAAGACCACGUAAACUAACAUCAAAUGGCUAAAACUUGCCACUCCUAACAUCCUAAACCUGUGACUCAAAAGGACCCCUCCCACAUACAUACACAUGCCACCGUUUCCCAUGAUCUCCUUCCCCAUUUAAAGUUGUUGGUUGUAUAGUAUGAGACCCAGUUUGUCACGGGAGUUAAUGAUACUGGAAACAGCUGGAUUCAGUUAGGAAAACUGCACUGGAUGUUGCCACACAGCUAAUAUGAUCUCUACAGAGUAGCUUGGUGGAAAUUGUGAUGUAUGGUAAUAACAACUGCUGGAAUGUUCCUUAUUCACCAUUUGUCCAAAGCACUCACCAGGUGCUUUGCUAGGUGCCAGGAUAGAAGCUUCUGGAAUCCAAGGGAAAUGAAUGGCCCCAUUUUCAUAGAGGAGUGCUGUUUGUUGACAAGUGACAUCUUAAAAUGCCACAUUCCCUCACGUCACAGCAAGUUCUAGGAUCACCGAUUGUUGGAAGCCCAGUGAGGAAACAGUGCUUCCUGUUGGAGCCCUUGAGUCAAUCACUCACCUUGGCCAGGCCUGUUCUACAUCUUAGACUCACCUCAUGGAACCACACACUCUGCUUCCUCUUGAUGGCACCUCUUCAGCUCUGGGCUUUUGUGUCCCACUCACUAAGCAACUCAGUCACCUGUUUGCUGAAGCACAAUCUUAGGAAGACAGGACACACACUUCAAAUGUCUUUCAUAUUUUUGGUGCUAAAAAAGUUUAGGAGUAUGUGCCCUGUGCUCUUGGGCUUUUAAAAUCUUGCACCUUGCGUUUAGCUGGUUGAUUUUAUUGUUGAAACUAGGAACUUAAUGGCUGACCGUUGGGCCCACAGCACAGUGGGGAGAGUACUGGUUUUCUAAUGGUUGAAAGGUUCAACUCCCUGCUCUUGGUCCUUGCCCUUGGAAAUCAGUCUAGUCUGGGCAUCAGGGCUGUUAUAUACUAAAGGGGUGUACAAAGGGUUGCGGGUGGGGCAGAGGUGGGAACUCAAAUUGAGAAGUGUGUUCAAUGAGAAUUUUGAUACCAAACAUACAGGUCAGAGGCUCUGUAGAAAAUCAGCAGCCACUAGAUGCGGGGAGCAGUCUUUGUAAUUAAUGACCUGUGUUGCUGUUGGCCAGUGUAGAAACACCCUUCAUGUAUACAUGUUGGUUCUCUGAUUAAAGUUUUGAGUCUAAAAGUGUUGCUUCCUUCUCUCAGCCUGGUGCCACACACCUGGCUGGAUGCUGGGCAUAGAGUCCCUGCCUGCCAAGUGCUCACAUUCUAGUGGGGGGGAGGGCUUGUAAUGGUGAAAAACAUCCCCCAAGAGGGCAGUUAAGGCUGUUUUCCCAAAGUGGGCAGGGCAUGGACCACAGAGGAACCACACAAAGCCGGUCCUCAAAUACAUCACCAAACCACUUUUCCAUUCUAGUACAAUCCUACUUAAUUAAGAAGGAAGAGUGGGCAGCAUUGUGUUUACUCAAAUUACAAAGACACAGCAGACUUCAGGCUCAGGCAAUAAUUUUAGCUGGAAUUUAAUAUUAUUUGGUUCUCUUGGCAUUUAUUUUCACACCUCCUCGCCCC